UAUGAAUAUCGGUUAUUGCAGUAUUUGCCUAGAAAAUUUCCGGACAACGGAAAUGGCCGUUCUUCGAAAUUGUGGUCAUUCUUUUCAUCAAAAAUGUAUUUCUCAUGCAAUUCAAAUUAAAAAAGAAUGUCCACUUUGUCGUGCACAUAACAAUUCUGUUGAUGUAAUUUCACCUAAAUUUGACAGUCCAGUUUUGAAUCUUCCAGCCGAAAAUAUUAAAAAUGAGGCACUUAAUAUCGCUCUUAGUUAUUAUGACCGAAUUUACAAACAAAAUAACUGUUGUGGAUCUUCAUCUUCUGAUAUCAUUCUUUCGCCUGAUGAGCAGCGAGAACAAUUACAUGCUUGUCUUUUGAAUCUCAUAACUACAAUUGACGAUCAAUCAGAAGAAGACGACAAACAUUGGGAAGAAUUGAAAAAGUUCGUAAAAAUAGCUGGUAUUGCUGCAAUUUGUGCAGUUUUUGCUUUUUUGUGUUAUCUUUAUUGGCCGUUAAUUGCCCCUAUUGCUGGUCGUAUUGCUUCUUUUGUUUGGAAUUUCAUAAAGGGCUUACGCGACUUUGUGAGAGCACAUCAACCCGAAAUUUUCGCUGGGAUUGUUGGUCUAAUGGAGUUUGGAAUAGCUUGGAAAACUUCUGGAAUUUUUGAAGAGGACGAAUAA